ACGUUUUGACCACAACGCAGAGUGAGGUAUCACUCCUCUCCUCGUCAAUUAUUCACUCUUAAGCCGUUUAGCAGCGGAGGCUUCGAUCCGAGGAGACUUAGGAGCUUCUGACCGCGGUGCUUCUAUCUCUGGCCGAGGCCGAAGGGGUCUUUGGCGUUUCGCGAAGCGCUUUUCUGUUCACUGUUUUGUUUGGUCCCUGAGCGUCACCGUAGUCGAGACCUGCGGGUCUCCAUGGAGACGGGGAAUCAGAUCACAAUGAAUCACGGCCCUCCUGGCUGCUGUGCCCCAACCACACGCAAGAUCACAUCACGCCGUCCUCCGCACGUCACAGACCCCUCCAGCACCACGCCCUCCCGCAGCGAUUGGUCGGUUCUAGAGGCAGAGAGACAGGCUGAGAGAGACAGGGUGAGAGGGACAAGCCGAGAGAGGCGGGAUGAGAAAGGCACGAUGAGAGAGACAAACAGAGAGAGACAGACAAGCUGAGAGAGACAAGCUGAGAGAGAUCGAAUCUGAGAGUGAGACGGGCUGAGAGAGAGACAGGGUGGGAGAGACAAGCUGCGAGAGAGCGACAGGCUGAGGUCCCUUCAUCCGAGCAGAUGUGUCUGUGUGAGAGUGGUUGGUGUCGUCGUGUCCCAGUCCGCCCAGUCCAGUCACACGCUUGGGAAGCGCUUCCCAGUCAGGCUUAGCUCAUCUCUGUUGUUCUCGACUUGAAUAUUAUGCUUGGAUGUAACUGUCUGUGUUUGUGUGUGUCUAUCUGUCUGUCUCUGUGUUUCUUUGUGGGUGUGUGUGUGUGUGUGUGUUUGUGUACGUCGUUGUGUGCGUUUGUUUGUGUAUGUGUGUGUCUAUCUGUUUGUCUCCCUUGUGUGCGUGUGUGUCUCUGUGUGUCAAUCUAUCUAUCUCUAUGUGUGUGCGUCGUUUUGUGUGUGUGUCUAUCUGUCUAUGUGUAUGUGGGUGUUUGUGUGUGUGUCUAUCUUUCUUUUGGUGUCUAUGUGUGUGUGUGUGUGUGUGUGGGUGUGUCCGUUUGUGUGUGUUUGUGUUUCUUUGUCUUUGUGUGUUUCUAUCUGUCCAUCUUUAUCUUUAUGUGUGUCCAUCCUCCAUUUGUUUGAUUGUGUUUGUGUAUCUUUGUGCAUGUGUGUGUCUCCAUGUCCCCUUGUGUAUGUGUGUGUGUGUGUGUGUGUGUGUGUGUGUGUGUGUGUGUGUGUGUGUGUGUUGAUCUGUGCGUGUGUGUCUCCAUGUGUGUGUGUGUGUGUGUGUGUGUGUGUGUGUGUGUGUGUGUGUGUGUCGAUCUGUGUGUGGGUGUGUGUGUGUGUGUGUGUGUGUGUGUGUGUGUGUCCAUGUGUGUGUGUGUGUGUGUGCGUGUGUGUGUGUCUCCAUGUGUGUGUGUGUGUGUGUGUGUGUGUGUGUCCCAAUGUGUGUGUGUGUGUGUGUGUGUGUGUGUGUGUGUGCGUGUGUGUGUGUCUCCAUGUGUGUGUGUGUGUGUGUGUGUGUGUCCCAAUGUGUGUGUGUGUGUGUGUGUGUGUGUGUGUGUGUGUGUGUGUGUGUGUGUGUGUGUGUGUGUGUGUGUGUGUGUGUGUGUGUGUGUGUGUGUGUCUCCAUGUGUGUGUGUGUGUGUGUGUCUCCAUGUGUGUGUGUGUGUGUGUGUCAGUUCCAUGACCUGCUGUCCCAGUCCUCCACGCCCCUCAGCCAGAUGGACCCGUCCACCAGCCGCUCCAUGGACAUGCUCCUCCCCCACAGCGAGCCGGGCCGCCGCCGCCGCCGAGACGACCCCGACUGUAGCGCCUCGCUACGCUCCUACAGCGAGAGGCCGCGCUCCGUGGACCGGCAGAGCGACCGGCACAAAGAGCCGCGGGUGAACCUGCGCCCGCCCAGCAAUUCGGCUACCUACGCCACCGUGUCCGCCUGGCACCACCACCCCGACAAACUCAUCCUGGACUCCUGCGGCUACGAGGCCACCUACCUCGGCUCCAUGGUCAUCAGGGAUCUACGAGGGAUCGAGUCCACCCAGGACGCCUGCGCCAAGAUCAGGAAAUCGAAGGACUCCAAGAAAGGUCCGGUUGUCAUACUCUCCAUCACCUACAGAGGGGUCAAGUUCAUAGACACGGCCAGCAAGACCAUCGUGGCGGAGCACGAGAUCCGGAACAUCUCGUGCGCGGCGCAGGACCCUGACGACCUGCGCAGCUUCGCCUACAUCACCAAGGACCUGAAGAGUGGACACCACUUCUGCCACGUCUUCAGCACCGUGGAGGUGACGCAGACCUAUGAGAUCAUCCUGACGCUGGGACAGGCGUUCGAGGUGGCCUAUCAGCUGGCCGUGCAGUCCAGGGCCAGACAGUACGUCCCGCCUUUGUCCCUGGGCUCGGAGGUGAUCGAGACCAAAGCCAGCAGACCCGUGUCCCAGUCCUGGAACAGCAUGCGGCGGUCCACAGCCCCCCAGGGAGCACCUGCGGGCGAGUGUCGCUGCUGUUACUGUCACACGUGCACGAGCCACCGCGCGUCCCUCCUCCCACUGCACCCAGUCAGCCCCGGAGUACAGCUCACGCCAUCGUUCCGGUUCCCGGACACCAGGCUGUGAGGGGCGGGCGCCGUGCGGGCACGCAAGGGUGUGUGUCUGAGUGUGAGUGUGUGUGUGAUGGUGUGUGUGUGUGUGUGUGUGUGUGUGUGUGUGUGUGUGUGACUGAGUGUGUCCGAGUGUGUCCGAGUGUGUGUGUGUGUGUGUGUGUGUGUGUGUGUGUGUGUGUGUGUGUGUGUGUGUGUGAGGAAGUCUGUCUGUGUGUGUGUGUGUGUGUGUGUGUGUGUGUGUGUCUACGUGUGGGUGUCUGCGAGUGUUAGUAUAUCUGCGUGCGUGUGAGUGAAUGCGUGUGCGUGACUGAUUUGUGUGAAUCUGUGUGCGUGAGCAUGUCUGCCUGAGUAUGUGUGUGAGCAUAUGUUUGUGUGUCUGUGUGUGUGGGUGUGUGAGCAUGUGUGUGUGUGUGUGUGUGUGUGUGUGUGGGUGCGUGAGCAUGUCUGUGUGUAUGUGAGUGUGUGUGAGCGUAUUGGUGAGUGUAUGCGCGUGCGUGAGAUGGGGCCGGACGCUUGCAUGCGGAGAGAAUCGUAGAGCGCGCCGCGAGAACGAGCGUGACGAAGAGGAGCGACGAAGGACAGGGAGAGACGAGAGCUAGGUCGACCAAUCUGAGACCUCGACUCACACGAGCCCCUCGCCCACCUCCCCCUCCUCAUAUGAAUGCCCGACACGAGAGGAGGUGUGGUCUGUUAAGCUCGUGUGAUUGGCCGACUGCCCCCCCCCCCCCCCCCCCCACCUGUCUUGACUAAAGGUCAAGCAGAAAGGUCAGGUGGCCCGCUGACCUGCAUGUGAUGGGUCAGGUGUUGCAUCACCUACCCGCUGCCGAGGGCCAUGUAGCAUAGCGACCUGCGUCUCUUCAUUCAGGGUCAAAGGGGAGGGGGUCAAAGGUCAAAGGUCAGAUGGAGUUAGCUAGUCGGAGGGGGAGGGGGAUUUGAAAAGUAGAAAAAAAAGAGGAUUUGUACCAGCGUCUCUAAUGCUUUCUCCCAUGUUUGUGGACAGAGUUCGGUUUGUCGAUGAUAAUGUGAUUACUGUUUCAAAUUUCAAAGCAAUAUAUAUAUAUAUAUAAAUUAAAUAAUACAACUACAAAAAACACUGUCUGGACAGUUAUUUUUUAUAUAUAUAUAUCAAUGUUACAUGUAUGCAUGAAUUGCUGAUUUUAAUCGUAUAUUUUUAUCUAUACUGUAGGCUAUAUAUUUUUUUUAGGUAUAUAUAUAUAUAGUUUUUUAUAGAUAUAUAUCAUAUUGAGUGAUUUUAAAAGUACAUUGGUUUAUUUUCACAACAUGACUCCUCUUUAGAAGAAUCUCAUAAUCAUACACAAAUCUUUCAGAUCUUUAAAACAUCUGACAAAUCCGACAACAAAAACAAACAACAUAUUCAACAGAAGACAAGACACGUGUUCUCUGGUAAAUGAGAUCCCACGGGUUUGCGUAGAAAACUGAUGCUGAAUGUUGUCUGAUAAAGUUAGAGUCAAACAUCAAGUAAAGGCUUCAUCAUUUCAGCUUUAAUAUGGAGUUCAUAUUUGAGAAUAUAGUAUACACAGUAUAUGAGUAGUGAUCUGUUUGACCCUGAGGUCAGAGAUCACCAGAAGGAAUAGCAGAAUCCACCAUGUCAAUCUCUAAACUAUCUCUAAUCUAUCUACUCUAUCUCUAUCUCUGAUCUAACUAUCUCUACUCUCUCUAAUCCAACUUCUAGGGUUGACACUAAGGUUUCAAAAGCACUUGCCCAUCGGGCAAGUACAGGUCAGGUUUAACUUGCCCGAAUGUAAUGUUCACUUGCCCAAAUUAUAAUCAGAAUCGUGAACGGGCCUCUUUUUGCCAGGCACCCGGCCUGGUUUUGGGGGGGCUCAGAAAAAUCAUCCUAGCUCAGACUGAAGCUGAAUGUUAGCUUCCACACAU